AUGACGGAUACACUUGGCCUCAAUGGUCUCAACCUGGACCUUCCCUUCCCCGCAGCCACCAAUCAAGUCUCUGGAGAUAUCAAAGGAGUGCGUACAGAUGUCAUGGCCGUCAAAUUCAGCGACAAGAUAAUGAUCACAAUAUCGCAAAAGGGCCGACUAGGCCAUUGGCUCCAUGUUCCAUUGGAAAACAAAAACCCAGGCACAGAGGGCCAGCACAGAGCUCCAGACUUCACGGAUGACGGCCUUCUUCCCUUGAGUGAGUUGACUGCGACGUCGAUUCUCGGGGGUCGUGUUCCUGGACAUGAAAUCAUUGGUCAGCUAUAUGCUCGUCAGAUAGCGAGUGCCAUUGUCACCAAAUCACCGAACGAAAACCGCCUGCUCGUUCUGGGAUUAGGGUUGGAAACAGCUGAAGCUGACCGUGAUGUUUUCUUUGCUGUCAUAGACCUUGCCCUCCAGUGCAUCUAG